GCUGCCGGGAGCGCGCUGCGCGUUCCCAUCACUCUCUCCUCCCCCCCCUCCACUGCCUGAGCCUCUCUCCCACUCUAUUCUAUUCUUAUUUAUUUAUUUGUAAUUAGCCAUUUUUAAUGAGGCGUUAGCUGCUGCUGUCCCCACGCAGGACAGUAAAUCCUCCUCCCUGUGUGACAGCCUGUGAGCUGGUUGGCGUGAGGAAUGCUGCACUUGACCCCAAGCUUUGCAAUUCAGUCCAGGACCUUAAAUUGGUGACAAGGACAUGGGACGAUUUCUGUCGCCUACCAGAUGGUGCAUUACAACUGACAUCUUGCUUAAUCUUGGUGGCAAGGAACCCGAGACUCUUUCUCUUUCUGCUUGUGGGGUACCACAGUGUCUCAACAAUAGGAUACAUCAGGUUCUGCAUAUCAUUUAAAGUUCUUAAGUGACCUUUUCCAAUGAGGAUGUCUGGUGCUGUUGCUGUGAAGAACGACACAGAAGAGAUGAAGGGUUCGGAGGCCGACAUGAGACACUCCACCUCCCUAGAAAAUCUCAUGAAAUCCGAAGGCUAUGAGAAACUUCAAGCCGAUAAAGAGGAAAUCUGCCCUGAUAACAAGCAGGAUGCCCUGCGGCAAGUGCAGCCUUUGGGGCAAACAGGAAAAAGGUCUAAGUCAAGUUCAAAGUUAAAGCUAGUUCGGAGCCUGGCUAUAUGUGAAGAGUCUCCUCCUCCUUCUACAGCUGAUAUCCCCCUGGAUGCACAGGAAACCAUUCAAGUCCAGCUCACGCCCUCAUUUGGGAAAGAGGAGAAACCUUUGAAAGAUGAAACCGAAAAAGAAAAGGGGAGUGAGAAGUCCUCUCGAAAAAUGCUGUCCAGAGAUUCCAGUCAGGAAUAUACAGAUUCGACAGGAAUUGAUCUACAUGAAUUUUUAGUCAACACCCUAAAAAGUAAUCCUAGAGACCGAAUGAUGCUGCUGAAGUUGGAACAGGAUUUAUUAGACUUCAUUGCCACCAACGAAAUGCAACGUAAAAAAUUUCCUCCAAUGACGUCCUACCAUAGAAUGCUUUUACACAGGGUCGCUGCAUAUUUUGGAUUAGAUCACAAUGUGGACCAGAGUGGAAAAUCCGUUAUUGUAAACAAAACAAGUAAUACGCGAAUCCCGGAUGAGAAGUUUGAAGAACAUAUAAAGGAUGAGAAGAAUGUAGACUUUCAGAAGCGUUACAUUCUGAAAAGAGAUAAUUCGAGUUUAGACAAAGAUGAUAACCAGAUGAGGAUGAGAUUAAAGGAUGACAGGAGGAGCAAAUCCAUUGAAGAAAGAGAAGAGGAAUACCAGAGAGCCAGAGAACGAAUAUUUGCGCAGGAGUCCUUGUGUUCUCAGGAGAAUUACCUUCCGGACAAAAGCAGAAUUCAAGAUGAAGAAAUGAACAUGACACAACAAAGGCGUCAGAUAUUUAGGAUCAAUAAAGAUGCUUCGGGUAGGUCGGCAAAUAGCCUCUACAGCAGUACGGAGAAUGACUUAAAGUACAACGAACCUCGGCCAUGGAGCAGCACUGAUUCUGAUAGCUCGAUCCGAAAUCUCAAGCCUGCCGUCACCAAAGCUAGCAGCUUCAGUGGAAUUUCUGUUUUGACGAGAGGCGACAGCUCUGGAAGCAACAAAAGUACAGGGAGGCUUUCUAAAACAGGUUCCGAGUCUUCUAGUAGUGUAGGGUCGUCCACGGGUUCACUGUCCCAAAAUCAGCAUCCUCUUCCAGUAACGGCUAUAAGCCAGCCUUCUCAUUGUACUCCUGCUGUCUACCCAACUGUCAGUACUAGUAAUUCUAUUUCCUAUGAUGGUGGAGUGAGCGGGCAGGUGGCACCUACUAGCGCUAGCUUCUUUUUACUACCCCUUGAAGCCACGGGCAUUCCACCUGGCAGUAUUCUGAUCAACCCACAAACAGGUCAGCCUUUUAUAAACCCAGACGGCACCCCAGUUGUGUAUAAUCCUCCAGUAACUCAGCAACCGGCUAGGAACCAAGUGCCUGCAGCUCCUCCCCCAGCGCCUCCACAGCAAACUGCCAACCAUAUCAUGCCCCAGCCUAUCCGAUCUCUGCCGCCAUCUUCGCAACCUGUCCAGUACUCUGCCGUCUCCUAUCCACCCCCACUCCUGCCAGUUUCACCCACCCAGCAGUACACUGUGCAAGAUAACCUGGGAUCUCAGUUUAGCCAUAUGAGCCUUGCCAGGCAAUCGUCUGCAGAUGCUUCAGAUGCACAUUCAACUAUGUUCCAAUCUACCGUGGUGCUUCAACCAUCUCCACAGUCUGGCUACAUUGUGGCUGCGCCACCGCCACCUCCACCACCACCUCUUGGACAGUCUGUGCCGCCUCCUAGCUUCUCUGCUUCAAGCCAGCCUGUCAAUCAGCCGGUGCUGCAGCCACAGGGCUACAUGCAGCAGGCUCUCCAACAGAUGCCAGCUUGCUAUUGUGCGCCAAACCAGUAUGCUCCUCCUAAUCAACAAUACAGACCAGGAACCUCCGUCCAAUAUACUACGCAACCAAAUCAAACCCUGUCACAGGCGUUACACACAACAGGUUACCCCACUGUAAUGCCCAACCAGCAAGCAAGUUACCAGGGCAUUGUGAAUGUUCAACAACCUCCUCCGAACCAAUCCAUAGGGCAGCCCGGUAACAUUGCCAGUCCCAUCCAGGGAGUCAUGGUGCAGUACUCCUCUAUGCCCUCCUACCAGGUUCCUGUCCGGCAAACAUCCCAGACUGUACCCCAACAGCCAUAUCAUCAACAGGUGCUGAUACCUAGCCAGACCAGUCAAGGCCCUGUACCUGCGGCUGGGAUGCCAGUGUACUACAGUGUCAUUUCCCCAGGACAGCAAAACAACUUAAGUUCUUCAGUAGGUUACAUGCAGCCACCAGGGUCCGACCAAAUGCAAUUUCCUAGAACCACCUCACCAUGUAACUCGCAAGCACUGACAGGCCCUCCAUGCCCAGCUGUUCCUGCACCUCCACCUAGUGGCGGGAUGGUAAUGAUGCAGCUCAACCUACCCAGCAAUCCUCCACCACAAACACAUUCACCACCUCAUUGGAAACCAAAUAAAUAUUACUGUGACCACCAGAGGACUCCAAAACCAGGCGAAUACAGUUUGGACCAUUCUACACAGCAUAGUUCACAUUUAAACAGUCCUGGGACUUCUCCUAAUCAAUCUCCUCUACCUGUUCAGUUGGCCAACAUGAAAAACAUGCGCCCGGGUUUAACUCCGCUCUCUCUAGUUCCGCAGUUUUCUAGACCAUUUCCUCCUGGCCAAGGUGAUACAAGAUAUCCGUUACUUGGUCAACCAUUACAAUACAAUCCUCCUCAUGUAAUACAUGGACACAUAACAAGCCAACAGGGUCAGUCUGGCCACAGACAUGGAAAUAGAGGUAAGAAGACGGCUAAGAAAGCAGCCUGCACAGAUCUGUGUGCGGGAGAGCAAGCUGUUGGAAAAGUUCUAGAAAUAACAGAACUGCCGGACGGAAUAAGCCGAAAAGAUGCUGAAAUGCUUUUUGGAGAACUGUUCAAAACUGGCGCCAGGAUCCGAUGGCUAAGGGACCCCCAAUCCCAACAGACUCCUCAUCAUUAUCACCAACAUUAUUGCGGAACGAGUGAUAACCACGCAAGCACUGAACAUCCAAAUUCAUCCCAAGAUUUAGCUUCUACAUACACAAUAGUAGCUACUUUUCCUACAGUAUCAGCAGCUCAAAGUGCUUUCAAGAAACAAAACAACACCUUAAUGAGCAAAUUCAGACUGAGAACAAGCAGAAAGCACUAUGAUUUUCAUAUUCUAGAAAGGGCGAGUUCUCAGUAGCAGAUCUAUAUUCUUGGGAGGCCUGCCCUAUUUUUCCAACUUCUGUUGUUCUUCUGGAUUCCUAAUGGAUGUCCCCACUUUGUGAAAGUCUCAAAUCCGACCCCUGCAGAUUCUAAGAUCUAUCUUGUUCAUUUAUUUAAGAACUUCUUUACGAACUUCCCAGUGGGACCAGCAGAGGUAAACUACCAAAUCUGCAGAAUCAAAACACACCAGGACAAAUCUUUCUUGUUUUUUUUUUUUCUCUCUCCCCCUUUUAUAGUAUGUUUGUUUUCUAUUUAUAUUUCUGUAUUGGACCCAAAGUUCUCUUGUACAGAAAAGAAACGUUGUUCAUAAUGAAUGCCCAUGUAAAAAAAAAAAAAAAAGUGUUGUUUUUUUUGUUUUGUUGUUUUUUAAAAAACAUUUCUUCCACAGCGCGCACUAUCCCGUCUAUAUAUUUUAAUUUAACAGGGUCGGGAAAUUCUUGCUGCACUUACCAAAUUUAAUCAAAGAUACUGCUGUUUGUAGAGAAAAUACUCCUAGUUCUUUUUUUUUUUCUAACCCUGGAAGUGCAAGGAAUUCUGCUGCCAUCACACCUUUAUCAUUUGUAAGGAUACAAAUUAUAUAUGGUAGUUUCCCUUUAUCGUGUCUCCAUACCUUUCAAUACAUUAUAAAUUUGUGAAAGUCAACUGCAAAUAAAUUAUAUUUCUCACAAAAUUCAUUUUAAUUGCCUUUUUUUUUAUGCCAGGUGCAGCUGGAAACAAGAGAAUGCAAUAAUGUUUGUCAAAAAGGCAUGUGUCCAUAGUUUAUAAAUAUUGUAGGACACCAAUCUUUAAAAAUAAUAUAUAAAAGUAAAAACAAUACAAAAACGUUAAUUUCUGUUGCAGCCCAAAGGUGUUUUAAAUAUUUACCAUUUACAGAAACGCAUUUGUUUUGGCAGUGGAGACAUUAAACCUCACAUCACAAUUCUUUAGGCAUCAUUUUAUUUGUGAAUUUUUGUUUUAUUUGAUAAAAAAUCACUGGACACGUAACGUUUCAUUGCACUUAUGAACAAACAUUUCGUUUUUUUUGUUUGUUCUUUUUUUCUGUUUUGUUUUCCUUUCCAUCUCUCCCACCUCAUCAAAAAAUUGUGUCAUUUUUGCAAGGCUGUACAAUGUGUGCUGGUGCAAGCCUUUUUGGGUUUAAAACAAAAAAAAUAAUAAAAUGUAUGUUUACAGA